UGUAGUCAUCAAGAUAGUUGCAUUCAAAAUCACAUAUUUGUUUUAAAAUUAUUGUAUUAAAAGUACUUUGAAAUUAGCAGAAUAUGGCUAGUGGUGAUACACAGAUCCUUCCAAAACACAUGACCUAUUCAAAAUCGAAAUUACCUCUUAUAGGGGCUUUCAUUGAUUACAUGGACACGAGUAUCGACUAUGUACGUCAAAAGACAUUCGCCCAAGCUGAGAAAUUACACGCUAAAUCCUCUAGAGCGACGCUUUCGGCUACUUUCAUGGCCGCUGUAUGUCUUAUAUUGGGUGUAAUUUGCAAUAUCAAGCUGGAAGUGAUCAAGUUUGAUGAGGAACCACUGCCCAAUGAUCUACAUAUUAUGCUGAUGAGUAAAGAUGAUAAAUUGUAUAUCGAUGAUAUUGAUGUAUCCAGAGUUAUGUGGUGCAUUGAAGCAUCCGACAUCCUCGUCAUGUUUAUUAGCUGUCUUUUUGUAUGGAAUUCUUCUAAUGUGAGGCCACCUGCCAGCGAGUAUCUGUUCCUACCAUGGUUGGGUGCUACACUGCGGGGUAUGUUCCUUCGUCAAGCUCCAACAGCUGGCGCCUUACUAUAUACAAUGGCAGUCAUCAAUGGAAACGUUAAUUUAUUAUUUUUGACUGCAUUUUCAUUUCUGUUCUUGUUGGAAGCACGUCUUUGGCUGGAGAUCGCGAGGCUUGUUUGCUUACGCUGGGAACGUAGAGACUCGAUUACAGCACGAGAUCCAAAAAAUGAAGUCGAAACAUUAUGGAGUAAUGAUGACGUGCAAAGCAUUGAAGUACGAAAUUACAUAUAUUAGGCAAUUAGUGUGAUUCUGAUCUUCAUUAAUUUAAUAUUGUGACUUGCCAAAUUAAAAGUGCUUACUGAUUUCUGAUUUAAUAUUAAAAAUUACAAGUACAAAUUGAUGC